CGUGGUUCAGCGACAUUCGAGAUCUGCGACCAAAUGAAUUCAGUACGGAAGCACGAGCGACUGGGCGAGACGAUAUGUCGCCAUCUGCGGCUGGCUCUGUUUGUGUUGGGCCUUUGGGCGGUGCGGACGCAGGUCGUGGGCCUCGGCUGGUUAACCCCCAUACCAGAUGGCACCAUCGAUGAGUGCCACAACGAGUAUCUGCAGGCCUGUGCCAGUGCCUCGCUGGCCUUCUCCGAUGCCUUUGAUCUGUGCGAGCAGCAGGCCAACGAGACUGAGCUGGAGCUCUCCAUCGAUGUGGCGGUGGAGCGACUACAAAUCGAGCUGGGUGCCAGCGACGUGUGCGGCAAUCUGCACAUCUGUGACACCUUGGAGAAUGAUCUGGAGUACUUCAAGUGCAUCAGCGAUAAUGGCAGUCGCAAUUUGGAAAUUCUCGCUGAAAUCACAUACAACUCCACCAGUGCACAGACGCGACUGCGGCAGGACUACGAUGCGGUGUAUCGCACUUAUCUACUCUGCACCCUGGACGCCCAAAAGAGCUACAUGGAAGAUCUGCGUCAGGCCUACAGAGAACUCAGUCACUGCCGAAUUGAAGCGAACGAUUAUGUAGAUUAAAGAGCAGAACGAUCUGCGCGGUAGCCCAAGCUUU